CAUCGUCGGCCCAUAAAAUCCACUGGAGGAUCCCCCACAUUGCAUCCAGGAGAAAAGCCAUCGCUUCGAGCGAUCGCGCGAUGUCAACGAGACGGAGAGCAGCGAGAAAGAGAAGGAAGGAACGUGUCAAUCUGUAUCGCGGAAAGUCCACGGCUUACGUACGACGUUAGUAGUAUACGACGAUACUGCCGGUACUUGGCCGAUCUGUCCGGGUAGGGAAACAAGUGUCUGCUGUGUACAAGAUGGCGGCGCCCGGGGCUUUCGCUCUCGUGAAAAUCGCAAUGAAACGAGUGAUUGUCUCUCUGUUCUAAUUACAACAACAACAACAACAACAACAACAACAACAACAAGCUAGAAAAAGAAAGAAAGGAAAAAGAAAUAAAAUAAAAUAAAAUAAAAUAAAAUAAAAUAAAAUAAAAUACGACGAAAAAGAGAAACGACAAAAGUGUGGUGGUUGUUGGUGGUGUGGUUGGUGGUGGUUAGUGUUGGUGGUGUUGGUGGUGGUGGUGGUGUUAGCUACGCGAUACGGCCCCAGGAGGAGAGCGGUAUCGCAGAGAGCCGAGAGAGAAUCCUCGACCGUCGAAGGAUGUGAUCCGUAGAAGAAAGAAAAAAUAAAGUCCCCUGACAUCCCAAAACCCGGAGCCUCCUUAGCCCCGAGGCUGCCGAGAGAAAAUUCGAAGAGAGAUAUGAUAUAAGGAAAUAAAGAAAUAAUAAUAAUAAGAAGAAAAAGAAAACGAAGAAGAGGAAGACGAAGACGAAGACAACGAAGAAGAAGAAGAAGAAGAAGAAGAAAUUAACGAAGACGAAAAAGUCGUCAAUCGGUCGUUUGGUUGGUCGGUCGGUCGGUCGGUCGGUCGGUUGGUUGGUUGGGGUGUCAGAGAAUCAGUCAGAGUGCAUCGGUUCGUCCUUUUUGCGAAGGAAUUGUCCUUCUUGUUCCCUCCCUCCUUCCUCUUCCUUUUUCUCCUUCCUCCCUUCCCCUUUUACCUUCCUUCUUCCUUUCCUUCCCAGGGCUUUCUAGAGUAAACCAGGUCUACUAAGAACCUUCGUUUCUCUCUCUCUCUCUCUCUCUCUCUUUCUUUCUUUCUUUUUUCCUCUUCCCCUCUGUCCUAUCUAUCUAUCUAUCUCACUCUCUCUCUCUGUCUCUGUCUCUCUCUUUGACGCACACGCAGGCAUACGCUCUUCCUCAUCCUCUCUUUCCACCACUCCACCCAGUGAAGAGAGUUCCUUAGCUCAAAGACGACGCGUACGCCUUGGAAGGCCAAGGAAAGAUUUGCGACACGACGUCACAACAACAACGUCGUCGACGACGACGACGACGACGAGAACAGCAGCAGCAGCAGCAGCAACAGCGACGACGACGACGACGACGACGACGGCAGCAGCGGCAGUGGUAGUGAUCACGAAGACGACGAUAAUGACGACGACAACGACAACGACGACGACAACGACGACAAUGGGAACGACGACGACGACGACGACGACGAUGACGAUGGGAACGACGACUACAUCUACUACGACGACGAUGGAGUCUAGACAACGUUAUCACGAGCUAUGUCGAUUGUGUGCAUCUUACGACGCUGUCAAGAUGGAUAUAUUCGGACAGGAGGGAAAAAAUCGACAACUAGUCGACAAAAUUCAGACCUGUCUACCGUUCAAGAUCACAGAAAAUGAUCGCCUCCCAAAGUGUUUAUGUUAUCGCUGUAUGUACAACCUGGAGAAUUUUUAUGACUUCAGGACAGCAUGCGUCAAUGCAGUGGCAUUAUUGGAAAGAUAUUUACCUCCUAGCGAAUUAGCACAUAAUGGGGACAAAAGUAACUAUAUGCAGUACAGUAAUGUACAUUCAGAAUUUUUGAAGGAGAAAGAAAAUAUCCCCAUAUUAAUCCCAGAGGCUCCCAUAGUAAAUCCAAAUGCGGCUUUAGGUACACCGCCAAGAUUAAAUUCCGAUGGAGAAGCAGAUAAUGAAAUAGAAGAACUUCUUGAAAAUAGUGGCACGGAUGAAGAGGCAACGAUAAUAGAUGAUUCGGAUAGAAAAUCUGAUGAAUAUGAAAUGGAUAUGGAAACGAAUCCUAGCGAUUUCUUAGAAAUGACCCCAAUGGUAACAGAAGAUAAUGAAGAAACGAGUUCAAAAAAUAUGCCUAUGGUAACACAAGAAUCAACAAUAUUCCAACAUACAUCGGAGCAACAUGAAGUGUAUGUGUGUUCGUUGUGUAACAAGGCAUUCAGUUCUAAAGGACAUUUGUCCCUUCAUGCAAGAAUUCAUGUGGGUGCAGGUGAUGUCAUCGGUGAGAAAGUUAUCACCGAUGAUCAUACUUCCUAUAAAAGGCCUUAUCAAUGUGAUCUUUGCAACAAAUCUUAUUCAACGGCUAAACAUCGAUGGGGACAUGUAUCUACUACGCACAGAGGACAUCCUGCCGUAACAUGUGGGUAUUGUUCACGCAUUUAUUCAACACGAACAAAUCUUGAAGAACAUAUAAAAUCACGACAUGCGGGAUUUCCUGCACCGUCCGAAUUACUAAACCCCCUUUUCCGUUCAGAAACCAAAUGUUAUUGUAAAAUGUGUUCCAAAAUGUUCACUAGUAUAGCCGAUUUAAAUAUUCAUAGUCGAAUAUGUAUUGGACAACGAAUAGAGCUUCAAGUGCAACCGGAUAUUAAGAUUGAAUCACAUAAUAGUAAAAGUCUGGUUGAUACUUCGGAUAUAUCGAGUAUGGAUACGGAUGAUGAACAUAAGGGAUUUAAAAAUGCUGAAGCAAAAUUAGCCAAAAAUCCACAGCUUACGAUAUUGAAACAGGCGUUGACAAAGGGUAGUGGUUUGAAAAGAGAUUUGGAUGAUAAAACGAGAGCGAAUUGUAGUCCACAAAAAAUAGCGAAAACAGAUGGCUGUGAAAUGCAGAAGAGGUGGUACUGCGAAAUGUGUCCUCAAAGUUUUUCUUCAGUGGAAAAUCUUAAAGAACACGAGAUAACACAUGAUGCUGACAAACCUUAUAUUUGUAUAUUGUGUAAAAAAGACUUUACUUUAAAAUCAUCACUCAGCAGACAUAUCUUGGUAUCGCAUGGUGUAGAUCCAUGUCCUUUUAUAGAUAGUGAUAAGUGUUUAAAAAGAGUAGUUCUUACGCAAUCAUGGGGUCAACAGAUACCUAUACCUAUGUCCGAUCAGAAAGAUGCAAAGGAACCUUCGGAGUUUGCUCUGUCUCCAGAAAUGAACGUAGAAAAUGAAGAUGAAGAUCAGGAGAGGAGUAAUCAUGAAAAUAUGGUAGAAAUGGAGACAGUUUUUGUAUGUGAAAUAUGUACAAGGGAUUUUAAUGAUAGAGCAUCUUUAUGGUUGCAUAUACGUGCGACGCAUAAAGAAUGCGCUGCUUUUGCUUGUGGAGUAUGUUUAAAAAUAUGUUCUGACAAUACACAACUCCUAAAUCACGUUAAUAUGUAUCACGGAGGAUCAAAGUUAUUAGUAUCGGAACAAAGAAGGUAUAGUUGCACGAUAUGUGGUAGACAACAUGAUUCACGAAAGAAAUUAAUUGCUCAUGUAUCAAUACAUAAUGUAAAUCCUGCUUAUGACCCUGCAAAUUUUGUACAGUUAAACAGUAAUUAUUAUAACGAGACAUUAAAUGGUAAUGAAGUAACUGAAAAUAUUUUGGAGUUUGAUGGAGACGAGGGAGAAAAAAUAGACUGUUAUAUUUGUUAUAAAUCAUUUCCAAACGAGGAUCAUCUUAUAAGACAUCAAAGAAAUGCUCAUAAGUUCGAGCAAAUGGCUCAGGUAGUAGAUGCCAUUGGUAAUGGUAAUCCAGCAAAUAUGAAUGGUACUGGUAAUAGGGCGCAGUAUCAUUUAUUUUUUGUCUGCGAGCUUUGUGGUAGCUCACAUCCUAGUAAAUGGGAACGUUGGUUACAUGUUAGUAGCACUCAUAGUAACGAACCAAGUAUAAAGUGCGAACGGGACGAUUGUGGAAAAAUAUUUGCUACGAAGGCGUUACGUAACGAGCACGUACACCACCAUCACUCGGUCCAAGGUCCUUCGCCAAAUACUUGUGAAGUUUGCGGUAAAUUAUGGGGUAGCCGAGUUGAUUAUUGGAAGCACGUUAUGGGAGUACAUUCCGAUACAGUGCCGCUAAUAUGUGGCGUUUGUCUAAAAGUAUUUCCGAAUGUUUUGCAACUUAAAACACAUGUGCAAACUAAACAUUGGCCAUUGACCAAUGGUGAUUUUAGUUGUGACAUAUGCGGUAGACCAUAUUCAAAUAAAUCUAAAAUGUCAAGACAUAGAAAAAUUCAUGGAUUAGAAGUCGAUGGUUAUGAUAAUAACAGUAUUAACGAUGCCUUGAACGAAUCGUCAAAGUACGAGCACGGUGUUGUACCCCAAGAAAUGGAUUUAACAUGUGAAUUGUGUGCCGAUAUGAAAUUUUCAAAUCUGGAAAGUUUAUGCAGUCAUAGACGUAUUGUGCACCGUCUAUUUCCGUGUGAUCUUUGUAACAAGUGUUACGGGAGAACAUCUCAUCUAUGGAAACAUGUAAAUCGGGUACACAAAGGUCACGUAGAUAUAACGUGUCCUUACUGUUUGAAAACUAGCGCGUCUAAAGACCAUUUAGCUGCGCACAUAUCCAAAAUUCAUAGGUACGAGUUAGAUGUUAGAAAGGAUAAUAAAAAUUCAGUAAAUUUCAAAUCUUCGAACGUGGAGGAUGGGGUUUUACAUUAUUGUGAAAAAUGUAAUAAAGGAUUUCAUAAACGUUACUUACUUAGACGCCAUAUGAAAGGUUGUCAGAAUUAUCGAAAAGAUCCAGGCGCAUUAUUGACCCGUUGCCGUGCCUGUGAAAGAAUAUUUAAAGAUCGUGCCAGUUUACAAAAGCAUAUAGAAAAUCAUCAUAGCACAUACACAUGCCAUUUAUGUAACGAAACAAUUACAUCUAAAUUGGGUAUUAUGACUCAUAAUCGGGUUAAGCAUAUGGAUCAUCCAGAUCUUACGUGUGAAUAUAUUAGCUGUAAAAAAUUAUUCAGAACUAAGGAAGACUUGGAGGCACAUAGGAAGGAUCAUAAAUAUCACAUAACUCCUAACGUUUGCGACUUUUGUGGGGAUACGGUGGAGAAUAAAUUGAAAUUAAAAAUGCACGUAUUAUCUUUACACAGAAAUGAAAUAGGAGUAUCUUGCGGUGUUUGUUUAAUACCUAUGAAAGAUCCAAAGGAUUUGAAGAAACACGUUGAGGACGUACACGAAAGUGUUUUGUCCAAACCAAAUACGUGUCAGGUAUGCGGCAAACAAUAUGCAUCGAAAUGGAAAGCUUUCGAUCAUACGAAAAAAUGUCAUGGGAAGGUAUUUAGAACGUGUAAACAAUGUUUAGCUGUUUUUACCAAUGACUCGGAUAUCAGAGAUCAUUAUGAACACGUUCAUAAUAUUUCCAAGGAUCAAUUAGCUGCAUUCGAAUAUCGUAUGGAUAUUGGAUCUAAAGUCGACGAGUACGAUGUACCAGCUGAUAUCGUUGUUAAGGAAGAACCGGACGAUUUAGAUUUCGACGAGGAUUUAUGCGAGGACGAUUUGAAUAAUUCUAAACGUAGAAGAUCGUUAACCGAUACCUAUGAUUGCGAGAUGUGUCCGGAAAUUUUCUUGAAUUGUCAUACAUUGGCGAAACAUUAUCAAAAUGUUCACAAUACCGAUCCAAUUCGUAUGUUUAAAAAGAUAAAGCCGGAUAAUAAUGACAGUGGCAAAAGAAAAAUGAGAAAUCGAAAGAAUUUCGAAUGUAAAAAUUGUCAAAAACAAUUCUGUACGAAAACAUUGUUUUGGAAUCAUAUUAACGUAUGCACCAGGCGUAACGCCUUUAACAGAUUGGAUAUGCAAAAUAUUAUGCCAACGUCGAUUUUGGAAACACAUUUAAAGAAUAAUAAUCAAAUAAAGAAGGAAGAAACUUCGUCGUUUAUGAACGAAUCCAAUUUAAACAUUCCAGAUUUUAAUUUAUUCGAAGAUAUUAAUUUGCAAUUGUCAGGGCAAAAGCCAGUACCGAAUCUUAUGCCAUUGUCACAUAUUAAACCACCUACUGCGGUUAAGUGUUCUAGAAAAGAUUCUCGGAAGGUAUACGAUGAAUCAACGAAUACCGAAUGCACGUGUGAAGUUUGUGGCAAACAAUGGCCGGCGAAAAAACAUCUCUGGCAACAUCUUAUUCGUUUUCAUAGAGCAGAAGCUGCUGUUACGUGUGGCGUUUGUUUGAAAUUAUGUAAAUCUUAUCAAGAUCUGUCCGAUCAUUUGAAGGCAACUCAUGCUGCUAUAUUAUCGUGCGAAGGAAAUAAUUUCACUUGUAAAACCUGUGGCCGUUAUCACAAUGCAAGAAGUAAAUUAUUAUUACAUAUGAGCAUUCAUAUUAAUUACGUUGGCAAUUUUUGGUGUCAAAAGUGUCAAUUGAAUUUUGAAAGUGAGGGCAAAUUUUCAGAACAUAUAUUAGAAUGUAACAAGAAAAUAGAAUCCGUUAGAAGUACCAUCGAGGAUAAUAUAAAGAAUGAAAACGAUGAGAAGGGAAGUUUGAUAGGCGAUGAGACAUCGGUCGUCGAGGAGGUAGAGGAAGUUGAAGAUUUUGAAUCGGAACCUGAGGAGGAUGGCGUCACCCAGGAGGAGAGUAAUAGCGAGAAUACGGAAAAUUCGGAAGAUUCGGAUAGUGCUAGUAAUACCAAUACCAGUGACGAGGAGGAAGCGGAAGAGGAAAAUGAUUCUGAAGCCGAGUCUAGAUCUAAUAGUAGGGCUAUAAUAAGAGGGGAGGUAUCGUGUAAUACCGACGUAAGCGAUGAUACAGAUUCAGAAAAUUCCGUAAAUUCCGCCAUGAUUGAUAAUAAAAAUUUAAACGACAUGAAUUGCUUUAUGAUACAUAACGAGGAUAAGCAGAUGAAUAUCGAUACGAAAGACAAUUUGGAAGGACAAUUAACGAAUCAGGAAACAGUUGGUGAAGUUAAAGAGACUAAUCAAGAGGAACAACAACAACCACCACAACAACAACAGCAACCACAACAACCACAACCACAACAACCACAACCACAACAACCACAACAACAACAACAACCACAACAACAACAACCACAACAACCACAACAACCACAACAACCACAACCACAACAACAACCACAACAACAACCACAAGAACAACAACAACAACAAGAACAACAACAACAACAACAAGAACAAGAACAACAACAACAAGAACAAGAACAAGAACAACAACAACAACAAGAACAACAACAACAACAAGAACAACAACAGCAGCAGCAGCAAGAAUUGAAUAUUAAAGAAUCAGUGAAUGUGACUAAAUUGAAUAAUUUUCACGUCAAGGAAUUACCCGAGAAAAGAAGAAGCGAUUCGGAUUUUACCGACGACGAUGGUCCACCCAUUUUGAGUCCAAUUAUGCCAUUGUUAGAACAGGAACAAACGCAACAACACAAUAAUAAUCCGAUAGAUGAUAUGAGACACAAGCUUAGUCCUAUGAUACCGUUGACAAUGAACGACGAAAAGGAAUUAGAAAUGUGUGAAUUUUCUGAAAAUGGUAACGAUGUUGAAAGGGGUACGACGUCAUCCAUGUCAAAUCCAAUAAAUUAUUACGAAAAUACGGAUAACGAUAAGGACAUGAACGCUAAUGCGUCUAACCAUAAUUUAGAAUAUGAUUGCGAUGAUUUUGAAAAUAUCGAUAACGAUGAGGAGGAGGAAGAGGAGGAGGAGGAGGUGGAAGAGGAGGAGGAGGAGGAGGAAGAGAGGGAUGAGGAGGAGAGAGAGGUGGAGGAGAGGGAGGAUGGGGAGGGGGAGGACGAGGAGGAGGAAGAGGAGGAGGAUGAGGAGGAGGAGGAGGAGGAGGAGGAGGAAGGUAGUAUAUCGGCCAACGAGGAUGGACAAAUGGAAAUAGAUGAACAAAAUGUGGAUUGUAAUUCGGUAAAUAGAUAUGAAAAAUUAGAAAUUAACGAAUGUAUCAAUGAUUCCGAGAUUGAUUCUUACGAGGAAAAUUUAGACGAAGAGAUUAAAUUUGACAAUGAGACUAGAGAUAACGAUGUACAAAUUCAUAAUCUGGAUGGUGCUGUAUUGAUGGUAGCUAACGAUUCGGAAGGUAAUCAGAUUUUAAUUCAACAAAAUGUAUUAACAAUAGGAAACGAGGAUUCUAAUACUGGUGCGACUGAAUAUAUUUAUCAAGAUACGAACGAGUACGAGAUAGAAGAGUAUGGUAUAGCACAGCAUGAAAAUAAUUCAACGAUACAGUCUGACGAUAUUCAAGAGAUGGCAUAUGUUCAGGAUAUAUCAGAAAAUGAGGAUAGCAUCGAAGAGGUUGUAGAAAUACAUGAUAUGGAGGAACAAAGUAUGAGUGCCAAAAGCAAACAAUCUAACUUAUAAUAAGUCCUGUAACAAAGUGGUGUAAGAUAAUGAGAUAUAGAUAACGAUGUGAGGGUCCAUAAAAAAAAAAGAAAAAAAGAAAAAAAAAAAAAGAAAGAACAGAGAAAAAAAAGAGAAAAAAAAAAAAAGAAGAAGGGACUGUCCCGUUAAAAAUGUCGUAUGUACCUUGAAAGAGUGGAGAUAAACAUAUUGUACAGUAGUAAUAAGUACAAAUAUUUGUAGCUUUGGCAAAUUUUUUAUAGAAUUUUCAUAUAGGACAUAAUUACGUAUGAGAUAUAUCAUACCGAAUAACACAUGCAUGGGAUAUGUCAUGUUUAUCUGUAUACGUGUAUAUAUAUAUAUGUAUAUAUAUAUAUAUAUAUAUCUAUCAUAUAUACACAUAUAAACAAUAAACACGAUAUAUGCCUUAGAAAAACUGCAAGCUUCCAAAAUCUAAUUUUAAUCGAUAGUAUAUAUGUAUAUAUAUAUGUAUAUAUGUAUAUAUAUAUAUAUAUAUAUAUAUAUAUAUAUAUAUAUAUAUAUAUAUAUAUAAUAGUAAUGGCGCAUAAUUGAUAAAAACUGUAUUUUAUAGAGAAUUACGUUUGAUUACAAAAUAUUUCCUAUUACUUUAUAUUGAAGAUUAUAUUACAUCCUUUGCAUAUAUCUCAAAUGCAAAAGUGAUCUUCGACUUACAAUUUAGUAAAAUACUAUUAUAGGUAGGCCUCUGAAGAAAUGAUUUCUCUAUAAUCAGCUUAGAAUAAUUCGAUAAUACAAGUUUUCACAAAUAUUACUUUAAACGAAAGAAAUCGUCCUGUAUUAAAACGCUUGGACACAUGUGCACUGAUAUUAUACUUUUAAUUUUUA